AUGCCACCAAUGUCUCAGAAUCGAUAUUGUAGUUACUUCUUGAAUUAUGAACCAUCUAUUUCGACAUUAAUUAUUCUCAUAUGUAAACUGAUUAUUGUUACUGGAUUAAUUAUACCAAUUUUUUCUAGUCAUUGGGCAAGAAGUCCUAUUAAUAUUAAUCAUUAUGCCGGAUAUAAAAAUCGAUGUUCUGUGCAUGUAUGUACAUCAGAUGAUUUAGAUCCAACAUGGCUAGUUGAUUUAGCCUGUGUGUUAGGCAUGAUUAAUCUGUUUAUGGAAAUGAUUUAUAAUAUAAUUAAUAGUUUUACUGCUAUGAAUACAGACACAACAACAAUUUUUCAAGAGAUAAUGUUUUUUUUAACAUUUAUUGUGACAGAUUGCGAAAUUACAUUUGGUAUUCAUAUAUUAUUAUAUGCAUAUGCAUUACCAAUGGGUUAUGCUUACCAAUUUUUUAUAUUCUCUAUAAUUUUUAGUCUUAUUGAUUGGGGAUUUUCAUUAAAACGAUUUAUAAAUGAAUGGCCUGAAGAAAUCUAUUUACCAGAAAAUGAAAUUGCAUAUCAUAAUAAUUCAACUACAGUUAUUCUUGCUAUCGACUGA